UUAGACGUCUAUGUUUUGCAUUUGAAUCCCGCUUUAGGGGAUUUUAUGUUUCGUUUGCAAAUGCAUUACGAAAAUUAUGGAUGAGUUUUGUUUAGUAUGUACCGUACAGUGAACAGAAUAAGAUAGAUUGUUAGUGUACUAUGGUUAUAGAAAUAGGAGGCAUUGGCCAAAACGACUAGGUUUACAGGCUACUGUAUAAAGUAUAAUGUUAUGAUAUUAUGGAUUUUAACUUGUUACAAACAAUCUGCAAGUAUAACAGACUUCUAAAAUAACAGAACGUCACAUAAAUAACGAUAAAUGUUUCACCUAAAUCUUUAACAUUGGGGUUUUUAGUAUACCAAUAUAAACUAUAGAUAGUGGGUUUACCACUCCUCAAAUUUUACUAACGCUAUGUAUAUAUUAACACUAGUACGGUAGUCCUAGCCUGAUUUACCAGAUAAUUGGCUGGAUUCAUUUAGAUAGAAUAAAGGAUAUUGUUAAAUUAGCAAUCGCUUGCCAUGGCUUCUGUAAAAACAAUAUUUCCUUGGAUGAUUGACAGCCAGGAAGAUAAAAAGUUUGGCGACCAUGACCCAUAUUUGUCACAUAUGGAGAACCAUUGUGUGAAAAAAAGUGGGGGAAAUAAUAAAGUAAAAGAUGGAAAAGAAAAUAUUGUUGGGAAAAGUGGUUCUGUGGAGAAUAAACAUAUUUGCCCGGUAUGUGAAAAGGUGUUCACAAGUAAAAACAAUUUAAAACAACACCAGAAGAGACAUAAUGGAAGGCAAUAUCAUUGUGAUCAAUGUCCACAGUCGUUUUAUAGAGCGGGGAGGUUGAAAAGACAUAAAAAGGUUCACACUGGGGAAAAACCCCACAAAUGUGAGGUUUGUUCAAAAUCAUUCAAUGAGGUCGGGAAUUUAAAAACUCACAUGAGGAUACAUACUGGUGAAAGGCCAUACAUAUGUGAUGUAUGUGAUAAGACAUUUAACCAACCGAACACAUUGAAAUAUCACAUGAGAACUCAUACAGGGGAGAAGGCCUACCCGUGUGCUAUUUGUGGUAAAGCAUUCACAUAUCCGUAUGCCGUGAAACGACACUUAAAGAUUCAUUGGAAGAAAAAGAAAACUUCUAUAAAAACAAAUGUAGAUGUGGUCGAAAUAAUGGUCGACCUUUCUUAAUUGUUCAUUUUUUUUAUUGUUGAUAUUUCUUUCAGUAGUGAUUUUCAGAUCAAUAUUUUAUAAAGAGAUCAAACGGUGCUUUGUAGCGCUUAAUAUGUAUAUUUUAUGCUUUGAAAUUAAUUUAUCCAGAAACACUUCAUCACGGUUAAAGUCUUACUGUAUGGCUGAUAAAAUUUUAUAAAAUAAACUGUUUCUAAAUUUGUUUGUCUUCUUUUUGUUUUUUCAUUGGCGAUUUUUUUAUGUACGGAUAGUUAGGUUCCACAUUAUUAUGGAAAUUUACGCAAACUAUACCAACCACGCAAGAGUCAUGCGAA